CAGCCUCGGGGCUGCCCUGGGCGGGUCUGGCCGGGCGGCAGCGGCGCGAGCGUGUAGAACGGCGCGUGGCUCGGGAAGGAGGGCGCCGGCUGCAGCCUGUAGUAGCGCCCGUGUAUCUCAGCUCCCCCCUUAGUGUCAGCCCAGCCCGGGGGGGUGCGAGCAGCAUGAGAGUAGUGGCCUUAAUCAGUGGUGGAAAGGACAGCUGUUACAAUAUGAUGCAGUGUGUUGCUGCUGGGCAUCAGAUUGUUGCUCUAGCCAACUUAAGACCUGCUGAAAACACAGAAGGGACAGAUGAGCUGGACAGCUACAUGUAUCAGACAGUAGGACAUCAUGCCAUAGACCUGUAUGCUGAAGCAAUGGAUUUGCCUCUCUAUCGUCACACCAUAAAGGGUACCAGUGUGGACACUGGAAGAGUGUAUACCAAGUGUGAAGGAGAUGAGGUCGAAGAUCUUUAUCACCUUUUGAAACUUGUUAAGGACAAGGAAGGAGUGGAAGGUGUCUCUGUAGGAGCCAUUCUUUCUGACUAUCAACGAGUUCGAGUGGAAGAUGUGUGUAAGAGGCUUAAUCUGCAGCCUUUAGCUUACCUUUGGCGUCGAAACCAGGAAGCUUUGCUCAAAGAAAUGAUAACAUCUAACAUUCAAGCCAUCAUCAUAAAAGUAGCAGCUUUUGGUUUAGAUCCAGAUAAACAUCUAGGAAAAACAUUGGAUCAAAUGGAGCCUUAUCUUUUGGAGCUCUCUAAGAAGUAUGAAGUUCAUGUUUGUGGAGAAGGUGGGGAAUAUGAAACAUUCACUUUGGACUGUCCUCUGUUUAAGAAGAAAAUAGUUGUGGACUCAUCCCAAGUAGUUGUACAUUCAGCUGAUGCAUUUGCACCUGUGGCUUACCUCCGCUUUUUAAAAUUACACUUAGAAGAUAAGGUGGAAACUUCAGACAAGUUUAUGAUCUGUAGCUGUUCUUGUGAGGUAAGCUGUAAUGAGGUUAGUAUGCCACCUGUAUCUGAGGCAGAUGGACCACAGAAAACCCCUCCUAUCAUCUGGAAAUCAUUGGAACAUACUUCUCUGCAAUACAGUAAGCCAUUAGAAUGUUCUGGAAAAUCCCUAAGUGGUUACCAGUGGGUUUCAGGCAUCACUGCCCGCUUCCUUCCACUAGAAGGAAGGAGUAUUCAACAUGCAGCUCAGGAAGCGUUCUCUUCCCUCCAAGCUAAUAUGAAUUCAAAGGGAUUGGAAUUGAAAGAUAUUAUUUUGGUCCAUCUGUAUAUGAAGAACAUGAAAGAUUUUGCUGUUAUAAAUUCAGCUUAUAUGACAGAGUUUGAUUUGUGUCCACCGGCAAGAGUAUGUGUAGAAGCCCCAUUGCUUGAUGGAGUACUCUUUUGGAUGGAUUGCCUUGCACAUAAGUGUGACGUUACCAUCGGUGAUGUGCACUGUUAUCAAAAACAGAUCAUGCAUGUACAGAGCAUUUCUCACUGGGCACCUGCUAACAUAGGACCUUAUAGUCAGUCCAUCAAGAUUGGAGAAGUUCUAUACUGUGCUGGGCAGAUUGCAUUAGUACCUUGUACCAUGCAGCUUGUAGGUGGUGGCAUACAAACGGAGGCUACAGUUUCCCUAAGCCAUGUCGAGAAAGUCCUUAAAGCUAUGAGCCACAACGUUGAACUCCACCACAUCCUUAUGGCAAAUUGUUAUGUAACUGACAGCAAGUACAUUCCUGUCGCUCGCGCUAUAUGGCAAAAGAAAUUAAGCGAACUUAAAAAGGCAGAAGAUCCAGAGAUGUACAGUGAUCUAGCUGCAGUCUGUGGAACUCUAACUGUGGUCGUGGUUCCCCACCUACCCAGAGAUGCACUCAUUGAGUGGCAUGUCACUGCAGUAGUGGAUGAUCCACCAAAAAGGAAAACUUUUGUGAUGAAGAUGUUGUCAGAGGGCUGCCAAAUUGUAUGUGAAGCUGUGGAGUCCAGUUCUGCAUCUAGUGCAUCUAUCUCAAUAUGCCUAAGCUUAAUUUCACCAUCUGCUUCGUCAGUCGAUUUAGAUAGGACUCUUCAUGAUAUGGUUGCUGUGUUUAGACAAGCUGUUGAGAAACUUUCAGAAGAUUGCAGUGCAAUUCCAUUGUGUUUUAGAACUUUCUACAGGAAGGAUAGUUUUGAUGCUGGAACACUACAAGCAGGACUGCAAGAUUACCUAGAAGAUCAGUUGAGGGAGAAGACUCCAGCUCUGAUUCUGGUACCUGUAGUGGAUUUACCUGAAAAGGAAGUUAUUCAUGUAGCAUGCUGGCUGAGCUAAUCAUUUAUAAGUGAUCAGUUGAUAUCAAAGCAUGUAUUCCACCCAGAAGAGAGUGAAGAGAAGAGUUGAUCGUGAUUAUGUUGAAUAUUUUCAUUAAACAUCAAGGUGUACAUUGCUUGAUUUGGGCCAAGCCUGUCUUAAAAUGUUAAUAUUUCUAUGGACAGUGCCUGACGAUAAAUGACACAUUCCGCCUUUGAAGGAAAAAUAAAGAUUUUGGUUCAAAA